AUGGCACAAACAAGCGUCAUCGAGCUAAUUCCAAUUGAUAAAGGAAAUCGUUUGAAAUUAAACACCGGAAAAAUCGUGGUUGGACGCACCCCGGAUGUUGGAUGUAUUGAUAAAAAAAUAUCUCGUAAUCAUGCUGAAAUAAUCUUAAAAAACGAUGGAAAUUUGUUCAUUAAACCGAUUCAUCAUAAUCCAGUAUUUUUUAAAACAAAAAAUAAUAAAGUUGUUUCAUUAACAAAAGACAAAGAACAUCAGUUAUUUCAUGAUGAUCAAUUUGGUCUUUUGCCAGACAACUAUUUUUAUCGUGUUAAUAUAAUCGUUGCGAACUCACAUGAUAAUAAAACAGAUGAUUCGUCAUUUUCACAUGAAACUGAUGCAAACAUCACCAAUCCAAUGGAUAUUUCUGAUUCUAGACCACAUGAAGAUAAUCCUAAAUCACCAAUUCUUGGUGCAGUGAACGAAUCAGAUAUAACAAAUGAAAAACAAGAUGGUUGUAACAAAUCACUUAUUAUUGGUGCAGUGAACGAAUCGGAUAUAAAUGAAAAACAAGAUGAUUGUAAUAAAUCACCUAUUCUUGGAGCUCACUCGGCGAGAUUUUUUGAUAAUAACAAUCCUUCGCUUGAUGAGUCACCGCCAGUUACCAAGUCGUCUCCAAAAAAACGUUACCAUCGAUUAUCCGAUGAUGAAGACGAGAUGGAUCAAACAAAGAAUUUAAGUUUGGUUAAAAAUGAAAUUGAUUCACCACAAAAGCAAACGAUUGGGAACACUAUACAUAAUCAUACUACAUCAAACGACGACGAAAAAAAAAGUUCAGAUGUUGAGCGAAAGCCAAUUAAACAGGAUAUUUCUGCAUCAAACGAAAAUUCUGGUGUCAUCUAUAAUACGCCACGAACCUUACCGUCAUGGAUGAGUAGUUCAGAGCCUCCACCAUCAUCAAAGACAAAAGCGAAACCAAAGACAACAGUACCCCGUACAAAGACACAACCACAUUCUGAUGAUAAAGAACCAUCUCCAAAGAAAAAGAAGCGUGAAUCGUGUACAUAUGGAAAUAAUUGUUAUCGAACAAAUCCACUUCAUCGUCAGCAAGUAUCUCAUCCCGGUGAUUCUGAUUAUGAAAUGGGCAGUGAUAAUAAUAAUAACACAAAUACAGCAGAUAAUAAACAAAAACCAUUGUGUCCGUACGGUAGUGACUGUUACAGAAAAAAUGCUGCUCAUUUCAAAGAAUUUCGCCAUAAUUCAACGAAAACACGUACAUCAGCUACAGGUCGAACAUCGAAGCGGAAGAGUAUCGAUGAAGAAGAUCUUGAUGAACCAAACGAGUAUGAUUUUGAUGACAGUUUUAUUGAUGAUCAGGGUAUCUCACAAGAUAGUAACGGGCGAGACAGGCAUAUAGAUUCAAGUUCAGAUUCUGAAGAUGAAUGGAAACCGUCAGACAAAGCUAAAGGACAAGAAUCCGAUAGCGAUGUGGAUGAUGAUGAUGUUGAAACGUUGAAAAAAGAAGCAGCAGCUUUUCUUAAAAAUAAAAAGCUUCAAUAUCCACAUGCUUCAUCGUCAACGCAAAAAACAAGUCAUCAUGUCGUAAAAGAUGAAGAUGAAGAUUGA